AUGUUUGAUGAUUCCUUUAAGUCUUGUUUAAAUCAGAGGCAUACGGGACAUUGCUACACAUACUUGUGUAAUACAUACACAACGAUUCGUCGAACAGUGUCUACCUAUGAAAAUCAUGCAGUCCGUCAAUGUCUGUUGGAAAUUCUUGGCCCACGUUGGUAUCCUUUAUUUGGCUGGUCAUCGCGAACUUUGCCAUCUGAUCGGGCUUUCUUUACCGAUGAAACAGUAGAUAUUAUUCAACCAUCUAACAGUUUUGAUUCGCCAUCAGUUGGUUGGGAGUGGGAACAAGCAUGGAUGAUUGAUACGAAUGAGCAAUCAUAUGACAAAGAAAUGAAUUUCGUCAGUGUUUCUGAAUAUUUCAUGGAUAUAUUUGUCGGUGGAUUUGAUAUCAGUGAUUCCGAAAGUUCUUUUAGUUUAUUUGCCCUUUCUUUUGAUGGUGUGAUAUUCAUGCUGAUGAGCAUCAGCCGCUCGAAGUUCUUCUGA